GUUUGAAGUCAGAGUUGCCAGGCUCUGUAACAGCCCUGGCCUGUGUGCUAGCUGGAAUCCAAGAACCAGGGACCUUUGUUCCCACUGUUACAGGACUCAUCCGUCUGUGGCCUACCUGGCACAGGUGUGGCCUACCUGGCGCAGGUGUGGCCAGGCCUGGAGUCAUCCGCUUCUGAGGCCUGGCCUCCUUCCAAGGGGAGGUGGGGACUGCUGGCCCUCACGGAGGCAGCUCAGCGGUUGGCUCCCAGGCUGGGCCUUGGCAGGCGAGGGCCUGGCCACUGCCGGGGGGUGUCUGAGGGGGAGGCUGUGCCCAGGGGCAGCUGGCCUGUGGUCCCAGCCCCACACCUGGGCGUGCAGAGGUUUGGGGACUUUGCAUGCGAUUUCCCUGGCAUUGUGCUCUGGGUCGGCGUGUUUGUGCUCUGGGUCGGUGUGUUCGUGCUCCCCGAGAUUGCCAGCACCUUCUGCUCUGUCCCAGCCCGCCUUGCUGCUGGUCGCCCAGAAUCACCCGUCUUUUGGGCCCCCCCCAGAGGCAGCAGCCCUGAAGUAUCCUGUCCCCCAAGGCCUCGCUUUGGGCAGGAACAGGCUGGGAUGAGGGCUGCCCCCUGCCCCUGAGGAAGGCUGGUGUGUGGCCCCCGGGUCACCCACUGCCCCCCAGGGCUGUGUCCCUUUGUCUCCUGCCCAGAGCCACACCUGCUCUGAGCCUGGGGGGGUGUCCGCGCUGGCUGGGCCACCUGGGCUGGGCCACCUGGGCUGGGCUGGCAGGCGUGGGGUCCCCACAGGGCAGCGCCGAGCUCAGCCAGGGCCAAGGGGAAAGAGGAAGGACCCAGUGGGGUUUGUACCUGGGUCCCACAGCCGCUGUGGUUUCCUCACUCCCAGCCCCGUGGCUGGAUGACCUCCCUGGGGCGGUGGUGACCCCUGACCACACAGUUGAAGGCUAAAAGCGCAUCUGUUAUCUCACAGGUCGGACCUGAGCUGGGCCUCCCUGGGCCGAGAUCCAGGUGCCUGCGGAGCCGGGUUCCUUCGGGAGGCUCUCGGGGAGCAGCGUCCUCUCGCCUGUCCGGCUUCUUGAGGCCCCCGUGGUCCCUGGCUCGGCCCCUCUUCCGUCUUCGAGGCCAGCAGCGGCCAGCCAAGUACCCGGCCCUCAAGGCCCUGAUGCGGCCGGACCCGGGGCUCAAGUGGCGGGUGCUGGCGCUGGUGCUGCUGCAGCUGGGCGCCUGCUACGUGGUGCGCGGCCUGGCCUGGCGCUGGCUGCUCUUCUGGGCCUACGUGCUGGGCGGCUGCGUGAACCACUCGCUCACACUGGCCAUCCACGACAUCUCGCACAACACCGCCUUCGGCUCGGCCCGCGCCGCCCACAACCGCUGGUUCGCCGUCUUCGCCAACCUGCCCGUGGGGCUGCCAUACGCCGCCUCCUUCAAGAAGUACCACGUGGACCACCACCGCUACCUGGGCGGCGAUGGGCUGGACGUGGACGUGCCCUCGCGCUUCGAGGGCUGGUUCUUCUGCACCCCGGCCCGCAAGCUGCUCUGGCUGGCGCUGCAGCCAUUCUUCUACGCACUGCGGCCGCUGUGCGUGCACCCCAAGGCCGUGACGCGCAUGGAGGUGCUCAACGCCCUGGUGCAGCUGGCAGCCAACGCCACCCUCUGCUCGUUCUGGGGGCUCAAGCCCCUGGUCUACCUGCUGGCCAGCUCGCUGCUGGGCCUGGGCCUGCACCCCAUCUCGGGCCACUUUGUGGCCGAGCACUACAUGUUCCUCAAGGGCCACGAGACCUACUCCUACUACGGACCCCUCAACUGGAUCACCUUCAACGUGGGCUACCACAUGGAGCAUCACGACUUCCCCAGCAUCCCGGGCUGCAACCUGCCCCUGGUGCGGAAGAUUGCCCCCGAGUACUAUGACCACCUGCCGCAGCACUACUCCUGGGUGAAGGUGCUCUGGGAUUUUGUGUUCGAGGACUCCCUGGGGCCUUAUGCCAGGGUGAAGCGGGUGUACCAGCUGGCGGAAGCCCGCCCGUGAGCCUGCCCUGCGAUGUCCCAGCCCCGGGGUGGCAGGGGUGACUGUGGCUCGCUGGCCGCUCCCCUGCCUUGCCCACCUGCUGCUGGGCUGGCUGGCACCUGCCUUUGCCUUAGUACCUUGGAACUGGUUCUGCUGCAUUUUGUUCUUGCACUUGGGCCACUGCCCCGGCCCCCCACGGAGCUCCAGGCUCGCGGCGAGCACCUCUUCUGCACCCGGUCCUGCUGCCACCACAGGACGCCAGGACCUCCCUGCCCAGCUGGCCUGGGUGCUCUGCGCCUGUGAUCGUCUGUGGAGUUUUCACUAGUGUUCUGGCUCCUAAAUUAAAUUGUUUUCACCGCCCAUA